CAAUCAGAAGGCGCAGUUUUGAGAUCAUUCUGAAGGAGAGUCGCCAUGUUUAUGGUGAGUUAAAGGAAUUGAUUAGCAUUGCUGACAGAUCGUUUUAGUGACCUAUAUGUUGACCAUGAACACCACAAUUUAACUGUCUGAAGCUGUGGAAAGAGAAAUAUAACCUCGAAGAUAUCGCUUUUGGUCUGCCAGUUUCGAUCGAAGUUUGAAGAUGGAUGGUGAAUUUAGGACGAAGGCCGAGGAACGGACUCAUCUCACGAAAAUUAUUAAAGAAUGGAACGACAACAGAUUAGAUAUGUUCGCGCUAAGCCUGCCAGAUAAGGACCUGGAAUUUAAUGGGGUGAUGAGGUUCUACUUCCAAGGCAGUGAUAACAAGGUAGUGACCAAAUGUAUAAGAGUUUCCAGUAAGACAAUUGUUGCUGAUCUCAUGGACACGCUUGUAGAGAAGUUUUGUCCUGAUCUCAAAAUGCUGACACAUUCAAACUAUGAAUUAUUUGAAUGUCAUGAAAAAGGAGACACAAGAAAGCUGGGUAAAAGUGAAAGACCACUGCUUGUCCAACUAAGCUGGCAUAGAGAUGACAGGGAAGGGAGGUUUUUGCUGAAAAGUGCCAGUGCCAAAGUUGCAAGUACCUUUUAUCAAAUAGGAAACGAAGACGGCCAGUUGAGAAGGCGUCUGUCGAGGCGAGAGAAAAAAGAAAUGAAGAAGCAAAGAAAACGACAGGAAGCAAGGAGAGAAAAGGAGAACAAAAACCACGAAGAUACGGCUAUAGCACAACAGUUGUAUGACGAGAAGCCAGAAUCAAGCCUGACUAGGAGUAUCUCGAACCCAGAGGCUGUUAUGAAAAGAAAGCGGUUGCAAAAGAUCCAGAAUCGCUUAAAAGAUUUCAAAGCGGAAGAAGGGCAGCGAGGGGGAACGCUUAAAAUUUUCGCUGAAACCCUCAAACCGGAAAUUCCGUAUAAAACUAUUUUAGCUUCAGAUAAGCAAACCAGCGAUAAAAUUGUCCAAGAUGCAUUGGAAAAGUUUCAGUUAGAAAAUGAAAAUCCAGCAGAGUAUUGUUUGGUUAUGACUGAGAUACCCCCUGGAGAAAAUCCGGGUCCUGGAAGGGACAGUGUGGUGAAAGAUUAUGAUUGUCCGCUUGCUAUCCAAUCAAGCUGGCCAGCCUCACGGGGUUUUUUGACAUUUCAUCUACGAAAAAAGAACACUGUCUCUGGUUUCAAGAAAGAAACUAAAGCUGCCCAGAAAAAGGCCAAAGAUACACAAGCCGAUAGAAAAGCAGCCGCGAGGCUGGCACUUCAAAGUGAGACAGACCCGGAACAAGAAUUGCCUUAUUUGACCGAAAUAAUUCCAGAUGAGACAAAGAGUAAUUUCAAACCAAGGGUUCUUAAAAUCUUGCCAAAUCUUACUGUUAUCGGUAGCAGCAAAGUGCCGACGGCUGAACAGUAUAUUCAGCUGUAUGCAUUGGACAUUCUUCCGGAACAUUGCUUCCUGGAAAAUAUCGAUGGGGAAGUGACAAUAACGCCUACAAACGCAGAUGCACUGAUUCUUGUAAACGAGAACAGGGUAUACGAAACCACAACACUAAGUCCUGGGUCUGUGAUUAUUUUUGGGCACUCGCUAGUUUUCCAGUUCAAUGAGCGUAGCAGUGGAAGACUGACGCCUCCAAACGUCAGGGUUCGUUCUCCUGCAUCUGGAAGCAGGUCGCCAAACGAAUCAGCACAGCUCAGCAACUCAAUGAGCCCUGUUAUGAGGGAUGAGCGACCAACGUAUUCGCCAAUGAAGUUUGACCUCGACGAGCUUCCUGGGAGCAGGGUUGAUGAUGAAAUGAUGGUAGAAACGACCUUUUUACCUGAUGGUGAGAUCGCAUCUAGUCCUGUGAGGAAAACAGAUCCAAGUGGAGGUAUACCGAAUCGAUCCUCCGAUUCCAUCGAUCCCGACUACAAUGGCGAAAUGCGAGUUGGCCAAGACCUAUCCGGACCUGGUAGCCCACAAGCUGAUUAUGGCCUGCCCUUGCUGCCUGCAGCCCUGGAGUUCAUUGACGAUGCCCAAGACGCAUUUUUUGCGGCAAUCAUAAGCGAAGUUAACGGCGCCGCUGUGCAUUUCAAACUAGCCCCAGCCUACUCGCUAUACCUUGCCUCUCACUACAUGAUAUCACACGAUUUUAGGCCAGAGCUAGGCAAUGUUGAACACGCACGUGUUGUUGGGGCUUCAGCCAGAAAGAUGGCUAUAGCAAUCGAAAAAACUGUACAGGAAAACGAUGCGUUUGCAGGCAGCCUUGCGUUCUGGAUGGCCAAUGCAUCAGAGCUGCUUCACUUUCUCAAACAAGAUACUGAACUAUCUCCGUUGACACAAAAUGCACAAGGCAUACUUGAAAAGUCCGUGCAGCAUGCUUUUAGGCUACUUGUUCUUGCAAUGGAAGACCAACUUGGUUUAGCAAUGUCAGCCUUCCUUGAUCCAUCUGAAACGGCAGAUAUCCCAGAAAGUGAACUCGAUCAUAUUUUAGAGGAUGAUCUAUUAGAAAGAGCCGAAUCUUCCGACCUGCUGAAUUGGACGAGUGACGAAAGAACCUUCCCCGUUCAUGAUGGCAGACCAAUUACCGGAGAGCACUGGGUUAGCCCAGCCGCACGAAUCCACCUCCACGGCCGCCCUGUCAUGGCUGAUGUCCUCUACAUCCUGUCGUCAGCAAUGUCUCUUUUGCGAAGAUGCCGGGUCAAUGCUGCCUUAACUAUCCAACUAUUCUCACAGCUCUUUCACUUUAUCAACAUGUGGCUCUUCAACAAGCUCGUAUUGGAAACAAAUCUCGGUUUGUGCACAAAAGCGUGGGGCAGGCGUCUUAGACGAAGGCUCGGCUAUGUAGAGGCCUGGGCCGAAAAGCAGGGUCUCGAAUUGGCUGCUGAUUGCCAUCUCUGCCGAAUUGUCCAGGCAGCCCACCUCUUGGAUGCCCCAAAAGAAUCUGCUGAGGACAUCGCCUCUAUAUCCUCAACGUGCUUCAAACUCAAUUCAUUGCAACUGAGGGCUCUUCUGGAAAUGUACAGACCAGAUAGGGGCGAGCAUAUUAUCCCUCCGGAAUUGAUUGACAACGUAGUGACUGUGGCGGAGCACACAGCCGAUGAGUUAGCCCGUAGUGACGGGAGAGAGGUUCGCCUCGAUGAGGACGAAGAGCUUCAACUGCCAUUCCUGUUGCCGGAUGAAGGGUAUUCCUGCGAUAUUAUCAGAGGUGUGCCCGCAGGACUGAAAGAAUUCCUUCAAUCUCUGAUGGAGACAGGUAUUUGUCGGCUGACUGUAAACCCAACGUCGUCUGGUCUCUGGACUGUACAUCAAGAAUAUUACGAUGAUGAUGAUCAUGGGAUACCGGUCGACUACGAAGAACAGGAGAAUGACAUGGACGCAGAAUCAAAGACUAUUGAAGUCACGCUACAGAAGGGAAGCAAAGGUCUUGGAUUAAGCAUUGUUGCUGCGAAGGGUCCCCACAUGGAGCAUCUAGGUAUCUACAUAAAAGGUGUCGUAGAAGGUGGUAUUGCCUAUCAGAACGGACAGCUUGCUGCUGGCGAUCAAAUUAUCUCCGUCAACGGAAUGAGCUUAGUUGAAGUUUCCCAAGAGACUGCUGCGAAACUAAUGGGACAAACUGGCCCAACUGUUGUUUUGGAAGUCAGCAAGGAUGCUGCUGUCCACCAUGGUCUAGCAGAUUUGCUCAGCCAGCCCUCUCCAGCUACUUCACCGAGCCCGUUUUUACAGCAGGAAAAAAGCCCAUAUCGUGAUCCAAAAGAUGGUGGUUCCACAAUAGAUGAAUAUUCACCACAAAUACGUACCCAGAGCUGGAUAGCAAAUCAUGGGAAUCAGUAUGAACAAGAUGAAGAAGAAGAGAGACGAAGAAGAGAGGAAGAGAUGUACCAAGAAGAAGAGGAUAGGCGGCAGGAGCAGAUGCAGAGAGAGCAAGAUGCUCGAGAGGAAGAAGAGAGACGCUUGUACGAACAAGAACAAAAUGAUCGCCUACGGAAGUUGGAAGAAGAGCGUUUGGAAAGGGAAGAGUUUGAAAGAGUGCAAAAACAACACGAGGAAGAAGAAAGACAGAAAGAGAGAGAAAGGUUGGAAGAGAUAAGGAGGCAAAAAGAAUGGGCUGUUGAACAACAAAGGAUUGAAGAUAUGGAAAGACAAAGGCUAGACGAUGAACGAAGAGCCGAAGAGGAAAGACAAAGACUAGAAGAGGAGCGAAGAGCGGAAGAGGAAAGACUAAGGACAGACGAAGAAGAAAAAAAAGAGAAGCAGAGAAUGGAAGAGCAACGCUUACAGGCCGAAAGAGAGGAAGAAGAAAGGAAAAGAAUUGAAGAAGGUCGGAAAAGGGCAGAAGAGCGACGGAAAUUUGAGCAACGGCAACGAGAAUAUGAAACAAGGUUGCGCAUUAUGGAAGAACAACAAAAGAAGCGUGAGAAGGAAGAAGCAGCUAGGCGAGAAGCAGAGAGACGAGAGCAAGAAGAGCUAAGAAAAAAAGAAGAACUUGAGGAAUUAGAAAGAAUAGAAAAGGAAAGACAGAGACAAGAAGAAGCUAGAAUUAUGGAGCAGAAGAAAAAGGAAGAAGAAGAACGAAGACUGAUUGAAGAAGAGCGUAGGAACAUUGAAAAAGAAAGGAAACGCAAGGAAGAGGAACGCAGAUUAUUGGAGGAAGAAAGAAAACGAUUAGAAGAUGAGAGAAAGCGGUUUGAAGACGAACAAAGGCGGCAUUAUGAAGAAAUCAGGCGGAGAGAAGAGGCACGAAAAAGAGAAGAGGAGAUGGCACGUCGAAAGCCAGACGUAAACCCGAGAAACCAUCGGGGAUCUUCGCCAAGAAACAGAUACAAUUCAGACGACUUUGGCAAUCUCGAUGAUUUACCACCUCCCCCAGAGGACCUGUUGCUAGAAGAUUACGGAGUUCAAAAAGACCAGGAGGAAAAGUUGGAACGAAAGAUACAGAGCCAACUCGCAGCCGAGAGACAAGAACUGCGACAGGCUGAACGCGAGCAAAAUGAACUGCAUCAAACGAACAUUGAAGAAUACGAGGAAACCAACAUAGACAAUGUUGAUGACGAAAUGCUGCAAAGUAAACUAAUGGAAGAGCGCCUGCAGGCUCGUGUAUCCGGUGGAAAAUCGCAUUCUUUCUAUUCUUCUGACGAAGAUCCGUACGAAAUUGAGCUUGAAUUCCAAAGGAGGCUCCAGCAGGAGAAUGAGAGGAUGAAUAGGGAGAGGCGGUUAGGCGACUAUUAUUCGGAUGAUGUGACCCAAAAAAUGAGGAAUGAGCGGGAACACAGGGCAGAAAAAGAGAGAAAGCUAAAGCUUAUGAUUGACGAUCACGAUCGGAGAUCAGCCUAUCGAAAUUCUGACAAGAAAACUGUUGAAAAUACAGAUGUCGACGAUCAAGAGAGAAGGGUUGAAAGACUUAAUAUACGCGGGCAGCCCCAAGCAAAUACGAAACCGGAAGACGCUUGGUUCGCUAUGCAGAAGAGAAACCAUUUAGACCAAAAGCGCGAGCAGGAACGGAUACGCAAAGAGCAGGAAGAUUUGGAGGAGCAAGAUCGGCAGCGCAAGCUUAGAGAUAUUAGAGCGCAAAAGGAACAAGAACAGAAAAUGAUGGAAGAGUACAGAAGACACAAAGAACUUGCAGAUCAAACAGGGGCAGGUAAAAAGCCAUGGCAAAAAACAUCAGUGUCAGGGAAUUUUGAUCGCACAGGUGACAAAAAAGAAAUAGUAAAAGAUGAGUUUAAGGAAAAAGCGAUCGCAGAUUAUGAAAGACGCCGCGCAACUCUUGACAAAGAUGUUGAGAGAGCAGAGCGCGAGAAACGAAUACGCAAUAUGGAGGUCAGGCCACCGCAAGUUGCAAAAAAGCCACCGCCAUACCGAUCUGUCGCCGAUGAUGACGAGGAAGCACCCCCGAGGCCUCCACCGCCAUCUAGCAUUUCUCCAAUGGAUAUCGUAAGGUCGUCGUCAAGCACAAGUCCCAGCCCACAGCCAUCAAGAGGCGACAGGUUUAGUUUUUCUGCAAAAACUAUAUCAAAUGUAACUGCUCAGAGCAGUGCAAGACCAAACCCCGUAAACGUUACCAAUCGAGUCUUUUCACCUACAGGCCAGUAUCAGCCUCGUUCUGCGUCUAGUUCAAGGUCUCCGUCACGAGAAGACCCUGCAAGCCUCGAUUUUAGUCAGAAAAUGAAAAUGUUUGGUGUUCCGCAGAAAAACGAACCAAUGAAUAAUAUGCGGUCGACAUUUUCGAAGAAGCAACGUGAAUACAUGGACUAGUUUAACUUUUACAUUUUUCGAUAACUUUGUCUAUAAUAUAAAUUCAUUUACCCGUUUAACUUGAUAAAUGGAUCAUCUUCAUGUCAUUUGAUAGCUGAGGAUUAGAUUUUGAUUUGAUUAAAAAAUAUGUUUGCUCAUGAAUGUCCAGAGAUCCGUUGUGGAAUUUUCAGUGCAGACGAGCCAGAAGCGUAAUACGUCCACUCAAGUUUUUAAUUAAAAUUUAUCUUCAGUGAAAAUAAAAAGCUUUGCAAAUAAUGCCCGUCACAUGACGGUAUAUGACUAUUGUUCUCAACUUGAGGUGUUCUUAUAUCGAUGACUCAACCUUGAAGCUUUUAUAAGAUCUCCAUGCAACAGCGAAGAUUACGAUGAUGUGUUGAUCGGUGAAUUGGAGCAUGCCUGGUUUUUCUAUUUUUAUUUGAUAUCGUUUCCAUUAUCAAGAUUAAUAAUUCUCAUUUUCAACAUUUAAUAUUCAAUAUAUUUAUAACAGUGGUUUUGGUCAGCA